GAGGUUGUCUGUUGCUUCAGGUAGCACAGGUGACGAGCCCGGACUGAUGCGGCAGGUAUAUAAGCUUCUCGAUGUCUCUUGUUGUUUAUGUUCCUCCAUCAACAAGCAUCCAGAAAGUCUGAAGUAGUUCUCAAGAGACACCAUUUUCAGACCCGAAGCCCGCUUGGAUAUAUCAACCUUCACACCUCGAAAAUGAGUUUAGUAGAGAGGGAACUGCUGGCGGUUUGCAACCUACCGCACGCGGGAUACCCUAACAAUGUGGAUCUGAUCGAGCAGGCCCGUCGGUGCACGGCGCUGGAGGCCGAGAUUCUGAACAACCUGCCAAAUUACCUUGAUGAUGACACUGACGCAGAGGAUUUCGUUCGCUUCUAUGGCUGCGAGCAUGUCGCCGAUCGCUUAGAGGGACUGCGCCUCACUGCCGUUGGCGAUGGUGACGGCUACACUUUCACGGAGAUCAGUACGCUACGCAUCUUCCCCGCAGCCCAACUGUCGCUCUGCCUGAAGUUGAUCUACGUAGAGCAAAGUCUACAAGCCCUCAAGAUGAACUGUGACGCGCGCGUGCGACUUGAGACGGAGGGCGUAAUCCGCAAUCUGAGCCUGCUCUUCUGCGGGAUCGAGCGCCUCGAGAAAGUCGGCGGGACGGUGUGCUCUCGCCUCCACAUUCUCGCAGAGGAGGUAAGAUUAAGAAUGGUGCAGAAGUGGAAGGCCGAUCAGCGUGGGGACAGCAUCUGGGAAGACUUUUGGCGGCUACGCCGCAACGAGCGCGGCGAGCAAUUCCGUGCGGACGCACUGCGGGGACUCCAGGCCAGGUAUCCCAGGGCCGAUCUGGGGCUCUGCGAACGGAUCGCGCACCGAAUGAGCGCCUGCUGGAACCUCCUUAGCUGGCGCUUGCAAGGUAAUCGGCUAGGGUCUCACACGGUGAAUGCUGCCAUUCUUGGGCCCCAGCAGCAGCAGCGGCAGCUUCUUUUGCCCCCCCCGCCACAGCCCCCUGCCGAUGCGACAGAGCACAUGUGCCCCUACUGUAGUGACGUGCUGCCUGCCUCGGUGUACCAGACCCCAGCCAUGUGGCAGCACCACGUGCUCUACGACUAUCACCCAUAUGUCUGCCUGGCGAAGGAGUGUCGGGGGGAGGCCACGUUCUUCCGCCUGGACGAUUGGGUCAACCAUAUGCGGGGACACGACGGGCACUGGGAAUGCAGCGCGCCGGGGUGUGAGCCGGGCACCGUUCGCUUCGGACCACACGAUGGCGACAAAGUCCAAAAGCAUGCGCAGUUGGUCCAUGGCUGGAAUCAGCUGCCACCCGAGGCACUCACCGAGGUCCCGGCGGCUCGGCUGGAAUUCGCCGAGUGUCCCCUCUGCAAGGAACCGUUCUCGGGCGACGGCCCGGAGGAGGCCAUCAAGUGGCAUCUGGCGGCGCAUGUCGAGACCGAAAUGCUGUCGAUCCGGCCGUUGGUUCCCUAUGCCCGGACGCAUUCCGGGUAGGGGAUGUGCUUUAAAAGUUUCUCCUUCCCCCUUAGGUCGACUAGAAUCCACCUGGUCUGUAUCUGCAUAGACAUGACUAUGUCCGCCUGGAUUCUAGCGGCCUAGCCUUUUCCUAACUUAACAUAAUUGAGCAUACAUCUUAGAAACCGAGUAUCCCUCUACCUCCCUACCCCACCCCCUACGUUUUCUCGGCGAGAAUAUCUCAAGUCACUCCCGGUUCGCUACUUGUUGAACAUAUAUUUUGGAAAUACCGUACUGUGCAGAGCUAACUCUCGAAUCAUCUGACCAAGAUAUAAUGGUCUUCUAUUAAUUCCGUCGGGAGGGAUGGUUGAUCGAAGGAUAAAUGGAGAGGGUGUAGCC